AAUUUCUUCAUUUCUGUCUUGAUAAAAAAAAAAAACAUUGCAAACAGCAAAUUUAUUUCAAACACGUAAUGACUAAACUGGUAUUUCGAAACCUUGAAAUAUCAAUGAUGAUUAUUUCCAUCAAUUAAAAACUACAUAUUUAUUUAUUGUAAUUUAAUAAUAAUUAUUAUUGAUGUAACAAUCUUUAAUAAUUUUAGUUUCCGCUUGUCUUUGAACGACUCAACAUCGUCGACAAUAUUUUUUCUCUCGAAACUUUUAUAAAAUUCAAAUAUGUCUAAAUGUCGGAUGUUAAUUAUCCUCCUCCUGGUAUCACCAGUUCUAUCAACUCCACAAUUAAAAUUACUCCACAUUAUAUUUUCUCAUAAACUUUAUGCGCCAAUUCAAAUGAAUUCUUAUGAUGACAUUGUGUAUCCUGAUAAAUUAAACUACCAAUAUUUUCUAGAAAAUACUGAUGACAUGUCAAACCAAGCUAAAAUGAAUUUGUACAAUCUUGGUGUUGAGCUUAGAAGAACUUACUCUGAAUUUAUUGGUGAUAUUUAUCAUCCAGACAUAACACAAGUUCGUACAUCUGAAUAUGUUUUAUCAAUGAUAUCAGCUCAAUUGGUUAAUGCUGGUCUGUGGCCUCCAUCUGAUAUUCAAAAAUGGAAUGAUGAUCUUGAUUGGCAGCCAGUUGUAUCAGACUAUCAACCAAUUGAAGAUGACACAUUACUACUUGGUUAUUUAUGUCCAAGUUAUGUUGAACAAGAAAAUAUUGUUAAUAAAAAAUGGCAAUCAGAUGUUUCAAUGUACAAAACAUUAUUCAAUUAUGUAUCUGAGAAUUACGGAAAGAAAGUCGAGAGUCCUUCAGAUGUAGCCUUGAUUUAUUCAAUUCUCGAGACAAUCCGUGAUAAUAAUGGUGUUAUUCCAAGCUGGGCAAAUGAUAUUUUUCCAAUUGGAGAAUUAAUGAAUGUAACACUUUUGUCAUAUGAACUUCAAUCAAAUUCUAAAAUUCAAAAAAUAUUAAAUGGCGGAAAUUUUAUCAGUAAAAUUAUUGAUGAUACAAUUAAGUUUAAAAAUAAUCAUGGUGAUGAUAAAAUUAAAUUAUAUUUAUACAGUGGUGAGGAAAAAAAUUUACAAGGAAUUAUGCAAAGUUUAAAUAUUUGGAUCCCUCAUAUUUUGAGUCCUGGUGCUAGUUUAGUCUUUGAAAUUUAUUUCGAUUCAUUUGACAAUAAAUAUUCCAUCAAGAUCAAUUAUCGUCAUAGUAUUUAUGGAACUGUUAUUCCAAUGAAACUUCCAAAUUGUCAAGAAUAUUGUGAACUUGAUAAAUUUAUAAAUAUCACCAGGGAAUUAAUUCCAGAUGAUGAGAUGGCUCUUUGUCAUCGAAAUCAAAAUGAUGAUAAAAAUUCAGCGACAAUUUUUACAAUAGAUAUUUUUGUUUUUAUGAUUUUAGCGAAUUUUUAUUUGAUUUUUAAAAAUUAAAUAACUUAAUUUGAAUUAAAUGAUUCAAUUGAAAUUAAUAAUUUUUUAACAAUAUAACUAAUUAAAAAUAAAAUGUAAUUUUUAAAAUUAAUUAAAUUACAAUUUUUAACUGAAAAAUUAUUUAUUUAAAUAAUUUUAAAAUAAUAAAUAUCAUUAUUUUCAUGUAAAAUAAUUUAUAUUAAUUUUAUAUUAACAUUUAAAAAUAUUAUUAAUCACUUGGUUGAAUUUUUUCAACAAGUCGUUUCCAAAUAUCUUUGAUUAAAAAUCCAAAUUGCGGAAAAAUUAAUCUAUUUGUUUUAUAAAUUAAUUUAAAUUCUUCAACAAUUGUUAUAAUAAAAUUUUCACUUGUUUUUGAUUGAUUAAAUUUUCUUUUCCAAUCAAUUUUU